AACAUUUACAAACACAUUCCGAACCUCACACUAAAAACAGCAGCAAUUUUUUGUUUCGACGACAAACAUUUAAGGAACUCGCAAUCUCCCCGUCGAUUCCUUAACCCAAAAAAUGCAGACCACUUCCGGUAGCGCAACAUCCGGCAAGUCUGUGCCCCAGGCUCCAAGGUCACAGUGGGUUAUGGUGGGCGUGGGUCUGGGCGUGGGUGUGCUUGGCUUAGCCGCACAAUUUCUACUGCGCCGCCCACCCGCCACAGCCACCGCCGCUGGACCAAAUUGGAUCAGCCAAAUGUGGUCGCGUCUCAAUGCCAAGACUUUCUACAGCGGAGGUUUCAAGGAGCGAAUGACGCUGCGCGAGGCAUCUCAAAUCCUGGGCACCAGCAUUAGUUCACCUCCGGCCCGCAUUCGUGAGGCACAUCGUCGUGUCAUUUUGGCCAAUCAUCCGGAUCGCGGUGGUUCCCCUUAUUUGGCCUCCAAGAUCAAUGCGGCCAAGGAGGUGAUGCUACAAAAUCGCAAAAAGAAUUAGUAGAAAUCGAACAGACAAAUGACAUCAAAAUUAUUUACGGGGAUUUGUAUUUAGGAUAAUUUUUUUAUAUGUUUAAAUCAAGAAAAUGAGGUGUGUAAUAAAAGUAAU